AUGCACUCCUUGGACGAGCCGCUCGACCUGAAGCUGAGCAUCACCAAGCUCCGGGCGGCGAGAGAGAAGCGGGAGAGGACGCUGAGCGCAGCCCGGCACCGAGCCCUGCACAGGGAGCUUGGUCUGGCGGAUGACAGCCCCACGCCCGGGUCCCCAGGCUCCCCGCCUUCAGGCUUCCUGCUGAACCCCAAGUUCCCCGAGAAGGUGGAGGGACGCUUUUCAGCAGCCCCCCUGGUGGACCUCAGCUUGUCGCCGCCGUCUGGGCUGGACUCCCCUAACGGUAGCAGCUCGCUGUCCCCUGAGCGCCAGGGCAAUGGGGACCUGCCCACUGCGCCCGCCGGCACGGACCUCCAGCCGCUGCGCUACCUGGACGGUGUCCCUAGCUCCUUCCAGUUCUUCCUGCCGCUGGGCUCUGGGGGGGCCCUGCAUCUGCCUGCUUCCUCCUUCCUCACCCCCCCCAAGGACAAGUGCCUCUCGCCAGAGCUGCCCCUGCCCAAGCAGCUGGUGUGUCGCUGGGCCAAGUGUAACCAGCCCUUCGAGCUCCUCCAAGACCUGGUGGACCACGUUAACGACUACCACGUGAAGCCCGAGAAGGACGCGGGCUACUGCUGCCACUGGGAGGGCUGCGCCCGCCAUGGCCGCGGCUUCAAUGCCAGGUACAAGAUGCUUAUCCACAUUCGCACGCAUACCAACGAGAAGCCGCACCGUUGCCCCACCUGCAGCAAGAGCUUCUCCCGCCUGGAGAACCUGAAGAUCCACAACCGGUCACACACAGGCGAGAAGCCCUACGUGUGCCCCUACGAGGGCUGCAACAAGCGCUACUCCAACUCCAGCGACCGCUUCAAGCACACCCGCACCCACUACGUGGACAAGCCCUACUACUGCAAGAUGCCCGGCUGCCACAAGCGCUACACGGACCCCAGCUCGCUGCGCAAGCACAUCAAGGCCCACGGCCACUUUGUGUCCCACGAGCAGCACGAGCUCCUGCAGCUCCGCCCGCCCCCCAAGCCCCCGCUGCCCGCCCCCGACGGCAGCCCCUACGUCAGCGGGGCGCAGAUAAUCAUCCCCAACCCCGCUGCCCUCUUCGGCGGCCCCGGCUUGCCCGGCCUGCCCCUGCCCCUGGCCCCCGGCCCCCUCGACCUCAGUGCCCUGGCCUGUGGCAACGGCGGGGGCGCCGGGGGUGCGGGAGGCAUGGGCCCUGGGCUGCCCGGCCCCGUCCUGCCUCUCAACCUGGCCAAGAACCCGCUGCUGCCCUCGCCCUUUGGGGCCGGCGGACUGGGCCUGCCCGUGGUCUCCCUCCUCGCUGGCUCCGCUGGCGGCAAGGUCGAGGGGGAGAAGGGGCGUGGGGCCGUGCAGGCCAGGGCCCUGGGCUCAGAGGGCCGCAAGACGCCCCUGGAGAGGACUGAGGGUGGCCGCUCCCGGCCGAGCCCCGACGGCCUGCCCCUGCUGCCGGGCACCGUGCUGGACCUGUCCACGGGCGUCAACUCAGCCGCCAGCAGCCCAGAGGCGCUCGCCCCCGGCUGGGUGGUCAUCCCGCCGGGCUCCGUGCUGCUCAAACCGGCCGUGGUGAACUGA